CAGGCAGGUAAAUUUUCCCCCAAUGAUUAGUAUUGUAAUUUUGUGAUGACUACUAGAAGACGACGAGCUGGCUCAGACUCGACUCCAAUUGACAUUGGUGAAUCUGAACAUCAACAAGUGCAAUCAGAGAAGCCUCCACCCAGUCAGCUUGUAUCAAAUCCUUUAUUUGCAUCUCCUGUCAUCAACUCUCACAUUCUGCCUGGCUACAAUCAGUUGCCACGAUUACCAUCUAAUAGUUUUGUUGGACCAACCACAGCCUCCCAGCAAGAAGCUUAUUACAAGAAAACAGACAAUCCUGCUCUCUUCAAUAAACCAGUCACUCCUAACAUCUUCACACCACCAAGUGAUCCAAUUAACCCCAAUCAUCAAACAAAACCAUCUUUUGUGAACAAUUUCCAGGGUAUUAGUCAAGGGAUUUCCAAUUAUUUCAACCCUAUUCCUAAUCAAUUCUUUCAACCUGCAUCUACCUUUUCACAUUCAACACAAAAUCUAGAAAAAGAUUAUUGUGAACCUGGUGAACUUGACAUCCCCAGUCUUGGAAGUCUCAACGGCAUAGAAGGUAUAGAAGAUAUCACAGUAAUGGCGUUCAGAGACCGAACUGCUGAAUUUGUCGGCAUCAUCAAGAAAUCUCAACAGCAAGGGCCUCAUGGCUACAGCAAUGGAGUUAUGAAAACACCUGCCAGCAGAGGGGCGAGAGAUUUGUCACAUUACAGCAGUUUUAUGAAGCACUCAAGGAUGGUUGGUCGCAACAUAUCGAGCACCUAUGCUAAACUUGAGAAGCUAACCUUGUUGGCGAGGAAACGUUCUUUAUUUGAUGACAGCCAAGACAUGGAAGUGCAAGAGCUCACAGCCAUCAUCAGACAUGACCUCACAUCUCUCACCAAGCAAUUAGAGGACCUCAGAAGAAGCUCAUCAGCUUCAUCGGCGUCCAGCACCUCACACAUGCAGAAGCAUUCGGCCAAUCUUGUCGGCUCUCUUCAAACCAAAGUCGCUACCAUCACGCAGAAGUUCAGAGAUGUCCUCGAAGUUAGAACUGAAAACUUGAAAAAGCAAGCGGAGCGUCGUGAGCAGUUCACGGGCGGGACGAGCAGCGGAGCCGUCAUGGCUGCUGGCGGUCACCAGGCAUCGGUGCUGCUGGCAGACGAGGCUAAAGCCACUGCCGCUGCAAGGAGAACUGCCAGCAAACCUAAUGGCGAUGUAGUUCUAGACUUCGAUGGCGUAAGCGUUGCUCCAAGCAACAGUGGAGGGGCUUACCAGCAGCAGCUGGCGCUGAUGGAGGAACAAGACUCGCUGCUGCAGUCCCGCGCUGAGACCAUGAAGACCAUCGAGUCAACCAUCGUCGAGCUCGGCACGAUGUUCACGCAGCUCGCUGCUAUGGUCAAGGAGCAAGACGAACUUGUACAUCGAAUCGAUGCCAACGUCGACGAUGCAGAGAUGAACGUGGAGGCCGCGCAUGCGGAACUGCUGAAAUAUUUCCGAUCGGUCUCCUCCAACCGCUGGAUGAUGUUCAAAGUGUUCGGUAUUGUCAUCAUCUUCUUCAUCAUUUUCGUUGUCUUCAUGGCGUGAGUAUCACAAUCGAUGGAUGGUACCACGAAAAUGCAAGUUUGUCAUUGUUUAUGACCACAGAUCGAAAUGUGAAGUGAACGAUUGUUGACGAGUGAAAGGAUCUUUCACGUGUAAAAUUUUC